UUUGCUGCCUGACGGUCAGUGAAGCUUCAGCCUGCAGACACGAUGAGGACGGCUCUGCUUCUCCUCCUGCUGCUGAGCGCCUGCCAGACGUCCACCCGCAGUCCAGUGUCGGUGACCAUCACUCCCAGCUGGUCUCAGUUUUUUGAAUAUAAGAAAGUGUCUGUGAGCUGUGAUCGUCCUACGUGGACGGUGUGGAGAUACACCAUCAACCCAUUGAGGAUGUCCCAGUGCGGCGAGGGCUGGGGUGACCCAACCGCCUCCGCCUGCAUCAUGGAGACGGUGAAGGUGUCGGACAGCGGCGUGUACUGGUGUGAAUCCAAACACAGAGACAGCAGCAGGGUGGUCAACAUCACCAUCACUGAUAAGAAGCUGAUCCUGCAGAGUCCCGUCCUCCCAGUGGCCGGCGAUGACGUCACUCUGCGCUGCACAAAAAACGGGUCCUCCGGCCCCCCGGCUGAUUUCUACAAAAACGACAUCUUAAUUGGGAGAGGGCCUAAAGGUCACAUGACCAUCCACCGUUUCUCCAAGUCUGACGCAGGCGCCUACAAAUGUAAGAUCGGCGCCGACGAGUCUCCCCUCAGCUGGCUGCAGAUUAGAGAUGACUCUGCGGCGGCCGCGCUGACGGCGUCCCCGGACUCGGCUCAGCUGUUCGAGUAUAAUAACCUGAAUCUGAGCUGCAGGGACGACAGCGGCGCUCAGGGCUGGAAGAUCAUGAGGUCGACGGCCUCCGGUGGGAAGAUCUCCAGCUGUGGACAGGAGUGGGGGGAUGUGAAGUCCUCUGACUGCAUCUUCUUUACGGCCAAGCAGCCUGACAGCGCCACCUACUGGUGCGAGUCUCCUGCACGGCAGCGGAGCAACUCUCUGGACAUCGCUGUCCACGAUAAAAACGUGAUCCUGCAGAGUCCGCUCCUCCCUGUGACGGAGGGGGACGACGUCACUCUGACCUGUCGGGCAAAGACGUCCUCCAGCGUCUCUGCUGAUUUCUAUAAAGACGGCGUCGUCAUCAGGAACAAAUCUGCAGGUCACAUGACCAUCCGUAAUGUUUCCACGUCUGAUGAAGGCCGCUACAAGUGUCGCAUCCGCGACGUCGGAGAGUCUUCACCCAGCUGGCUGUUUGUCCGAGUCUCUCCAGUUCCUCAGGCUGCAGCUCCGUCCUCUGAAGACUCCACCUGGUCUGUGCUGAGGGUUUUACGCCACCUGCUGGUCUUCUGUCCAUACUGCGUCUCCACCGUCCUCAUGGUGUCUGUUUACUGCCACAGGCCUGCAGGUAACACUCACCUGCUGAAAAAUCUAAAUAUUCGACACACAAAAUAUCGACCUGAUGAACUGAUCAGUGUUUCCAUCACAGCAUGCUUCAUUUUUGACCCUUUGAAACCUCAGCAAAUUAGGUUUUAUUUCUUCAGAAACAUUGGAGGAAGGCAAAAAGCAGCUUAAUAAGACAUGGCCCCAAAAAUGAGUUACAAGAAGAGUACCUGAA